CACGAAUGCUCCUCGCAAUGCUCUGCUCCACAUUGUCUUGAAUAUCAUAUGCCCCGUUCUCCUUGUCGUUUCCAACAAUCAGAGUCCAAACUUUCUCCGUUAUUCGACGGCUACUUAAGUAUCAAGAGGGAUCUCAUUAUGCCUGAGAAUUGGGCAUUCCACAAAGAUGUGAUCGAGGAACUUUAUCUCACUCGGGGAUACACGCUCGAGGAGGUACGCAAGAUUAUGAGAAUCAAGCAUGGUUUCGUGGCAGCAUCACGUACUUACAAGCUGAAGCUUGACGAAUGGAAAAUUCGGAAGAAUCGACGCAAAAAAGUCCAACUUUGCAAGGAACCCACCAAAAAGACUCAAAGCCAGCCAAUUUAUGUUUCGUCCAAAGUCAGCCCACUUCCUCUGGUUUUGGCAACCGAGGAGUCCAGUCUCCCCUUGGACGCCUUGAGUCCAUCCAUGACUGACUCGACUAUGAACGAUAGUCUUUCACCUUCGCCAUCCCAUAUCUACGAGCUCCCGUCCCGCUCCGAACAUACGUUACCGAGCACACGGCAAACAGCACUCCUCUGCCAAACGCCGUCAAUUGCAACCGACUGGGUCACGAACGACCUCUUUUCUCAAUCCCUGAACCUCGAAGCAAUCAUUGUCAACACAUCCUUGAUGUUCUUCUCGUUUCGAACACAUACUGAAAGCCUCCAGCUUCUAGCCAAGUCACCGGUGAUGACACAAUGGGCAGUGGAAACACUGUUGAGGAAUUGGAAGCCUGGUGGAGAAUGCAUGCAUUAUGCCUUGCGGUUUCUGGGGGAUUCGGCUUGUUGCCGGACUCUCCUUUCCGUCAACUGGACACGCUGGACUGAUGGAGAUGAGACUCUGUUCGACCUCAUAGAUGAGAUUCGAGAGGAGCAAGAAGUGUUGAACGCACUGACCAAAGCUGUGCUGAAAGCCGAUCUGAAAUUUCAGCACCCGCUUCAGAAGUUGAGACCCACUUGGGCAGACAUGUGGAGGCUUGCCCUUCAACAGACGGAAUGGAGCCUAGCAAAGAAUAUGGUACGUCUCUUGGUAAACCAACUCGUAUCGCUCCUAGCAAGACUUGAAAGACACCGGCGACUCGUGUACUGCGUGUUGAUGGUCAUUGCCGAAUCACUGUUAGAAAAGAACAAGAGGAUCCUCGUGAGUUGGAGAGGAGAUAUAGACAUUUUUUUCGAGACAGCAAGGAGCCAAUACUUCGAGAUCUUGAAGGAUUGCCGUGUGUGGGGGAUAGUGCUUAAUCCUUCAUGGUAUGCGGAUAUGAUUGUGGUUAACACAAUCGACCGUGGGACAAGCUGUUACUUUACAUCAACGCCGACCAACAUUCAAGCACAACAAUGAAAAG